UCUCUACGACUCUAUCUCCCACGGUUGACUCUCUCUCUCUCUCGCCCUAGCAAUCUAGUACAAGAGGAGCUUUAGCCUCCCUCUCCCCUUUCUCGCUAGCAUCUGAUGUCCCGUUCAACCGGAAACUGCAACAAAAUCAGCCACAUUGUCCGAAUCCUCCAGAUGCUCCGCCGGUGGCGUAAAAAGGCAGCGACGUCCUCGGACGUGCCUGCUGGACACGUGGCAAUCCGCGUCGGAAGUAGUUUCAGAAGAUUCGUGGUGAGGGCAACGUACCUGAACCACCCCAUUUUUAAGAAGCUAUUGGUGCAAGCCGAGGAAGAGUAUGGCUUCGUCAACCAGGGUCCGCUUACUAUACCUUGUAAUGAGUUUGUUUUCGAACAAAUUCUUGAAUUCGUUUCGCGAGGCGGCGAGUUGGGCGACUCAGGCCACUGCAUUUGUUAUGAGGAUUUUCAGCGAUUUAAUCAUCUCGUCCAAUCUCGACCCUUACUUGGCGGGUUUGCCGGUUAGUCUAUAUAUAUUUUUUAUAACGACUCAACAUAGAAGCGCACACGGAGGCGCCAUGAUCAUGCGAUUUGACUCGGACGAGUUGCCCGAAUUCUUUUUUUUUUUCUUUAAGGGUUUAGGGUGAAAUAGGCAACUAGCGGCCUUAUAGUACUCUCUUUUUUGUUUUUGCUUGUUUUUCUGUUGGGCAAAUGGGGGAUGAUGAGAGGUGUUUUGUAACUCAACCGAUCGUCCCAACUUUAUUCGCGGCCUAAACUGAAUCUCUUGUGAAUUUUGGACUUGAAAAAAAACAGAGAUUUAUUAUCUAA